GAUCUCUCCACACCUCAAAUCUAGGGUUUUAAUAGAAUCCGUCCACCCGAUAUUUUCUUGAUCCCAAAAAAAAAAAGGACGAAAGAGAAUCGGUUUUGAUUUGUUGGAUUUGAUUACUUUCUUUGGAAAACCUUUUGGUUUUGGAUACGGAUUUCUCGGAGUCGUGUUUGGUUGGGGAAAAAUUUAUGGUGCAGUUGAUGAAAUAGGGUGAUCUGCCGGCCGAACCGGAAAUGAUGUCGUCGAGUGGGAACAAGGUUCCGGUGAAACUGGAGAUCGUGGAGGAUCCCUUGGAGGAAGAUCAUGGACCUCUCAACAAGCGAUCCAAGCCGUCGCAAACUGCUCAACAACAGUGGGGUGCGGGUGCUAAUGCAUUUCCAGUUCCACCUUCGCAAUAUAAUCCGCUGGAUGAGCCUAGCCCGCUGGGAUUGCGGCUGAGAAAGAGUCCAUCACUUUUGGAUUUGAUUCAAAUGAGGCUCUCUCAAGGAGGUACUUCAGUGCCUCGAACUCAACAGACUGGAAAUAAUAACUCGGCAGUUAAGGAGAGUAAAACUACUGCUGCUUCGGGCGGCACUGAUAAGCUCAAGGCUUCAAACUUUCCUGCUUCUAUUCUAAGGAUUGGAAGCUGGGAGUAUAAGUCGAGAUAUGAAGGGGAGUUGGUCGCAAAGUGUUACUUUGCAAAACAUAAGCUUGUUUGGGAAGUUCUUGAAGGUGGUCUGAAGAGUAAGAUAGAAAUCCAGUGGUCUGACAUUAUGGGUCUGAAAGCCAACUGUCCUGAUAAUGCACCUGGGACAUUGACUGUUGUGCUGGCUAGACAGCCUCUUUUCUUUAGGGAGACUAAUCCACAGCCCCGAAAGCACACCUUAUGGCAGGCGACAGCAGAUUUUACUGAUGGACAGGCUAGCGUACACAGGCAACAUUUUCUACAAUGUCCACAGGGGCUGUUAAAUAAACAUUUUGAAAAGCUUAUCCAGUGUGACAUGCGUUUGAACUUUUUAAGUCGACAGCCAGAGAUAAUUUUGGAUACACCAUAUUUUGAGCAACGUUCAUCUGUUUUUAAGGAUCCAGAUGAAUCAAAAGGUCAAGAUCUUAAUCAAGCAGAGACUGGUAAUGGAUCCUCUAUUUCUGGUUUCCAAGAUCUAGCAUCACCAUCUGUGGCUCACUCAUCUUCCUUAGAGACUGAAAAGGAGGAUCGUGCUGGUACAUCAUCAGAGCACAUGUCCCGAGAAGCUCCUUCUCCCAGCUCAGUGAUGGAUACUCGUGCAAUUGAAGGGAGUGGAAUUUGUGAAGCUGUUGAUUCAAAGGGGCCAAGGAAUUGGGAUCAGAUCAAAGUGCCCGGCUUGCACUCAUCUGUGUCAAUGAGUGAUCUCAUGAAUCACAUUGGGAACUGUAUUUCAGAACAAAUGACCUCUGGAAAUCCACCAUUCUCUACAGAUGGAUCAGAAUGCCAGGACAUACUAGAGGACAUUGCACAGUACCUUCUUAGUGACACUCAACUAACUACAUCCUCUGAUGAGAAAAGGCUCAUGGCUAGGGUCAAUUCUCUCUGUUGUCUCUUGCAGAAGGACCCUACUUCAAACCAGAACUUGCAAGUAAAUAAUGAAGGUUGCAUUGGAGAAUCAGGCAAUGGGAAAGGGGUUCAGCUAAACAGCACUAAUGAAUUGUUGCAAGAGAACAGGAGUAAAGCUGAUACAAAGGACCCUGAAAUGAAUAUGAAGGAUGUUUCUGGCAGCAAGCAAUCACCAGGCAUGUCGAGGAAAGACUCAUUUGGGGAGCUGCUGCUUCAUCUCCCUCGAAUUGCAUCUCUUCCAAAGUUCUUGUUUAACAUUUCUGAAGAAGAUGGCUAGAGGGAGCUAGAUAGUUAAUAUUGGCGUUUAUUAGUUGGAAGAAUCUCUCUUUCUCUAUCUCUUGUGAAAUGGAAAUGCAGAUUUGCUGGCUGUUUAAUAUAAUCCAAUGUUUCUGAGUUGCAUUA